GCUGCUUAUCCUUUGCCUCGAGCUUCACUUUGCUCUACUGCUCCCCUGGACUCAUCACAUCCGCUUCUUCUGCUUUGUUGAGAGGAGGGCAGUGUUGAAUCACCUGACUGGACUCACUUCACCUCACCUCUUCCACCCUCACACCGCCAUCCAUCAUGGCAUACCCAAAUCAGCAACAAGGCCAACAACAAGGCCAACAAGCCCCCGACAACCGCAACCCCAACCGCCUACACCUCAACUUCGGCUUCAACAACUCGCCCAGCGCCUUCGGGGCGGAAGCCGGCCGCGCCUUUCCCACCACCCCCUCCACCUUCCCCCAACCCUUCCCCAACAGCAACGGCCAGCAAGAGGUGUGGGGCACACAGCAGACGACCAGUGGCAUCACGAAUCAGGGCUACUUCUACAACAACCCCAAUCCCUACCAGCAGCAGCAGCAGCAGGGUUACGCCAGCCAUGGUCUGCCUUCGCCCCAGCCUGGGGCUACGAGCUUUCGUACUUCACCUGGUGGUUUCAGUGAUGCUACGAAUGGGUUGGCACAUCAGUUCCAGCAUCAGAAUCUGGGUGGGAAUAGCCCGAGGUCGGCAAGUCCAUAUGGCAGACAGCCCUCCCCCGGUACUGCUUCGAGGGCGCGGACUGCGGGCCAAGCACAGUAUGGGAGCUAUUUGAAUACCACCUCCAAUACCCCGCCUCACCCCCAAGGUCCGAGCAUCUACGAUGAUGAGCCGCCGGUGAAGAAUCCGGAGAAGUACUCCACGGCCAUUACGGAGAGGGUCAAGUUGCAGAAGAUGCUCACGCAGGAGUUUUUCAAGGAGAAUGUGGAGCGCGCGAGGGCGAGGAAUGAGAGAGCCAAGGAUCUCGAAAGCACCCUCCUGAGCAAGGAAAUCUCCGAUUCCCGCAAAGAAUCGAGGAAGAACAACAUGCGCAAGUCAGAGGCCAACUUCCUCCGCUUCCUACGUACGAGUGAGCGGCCGCAAAACUACAACACCCUGAAGAUCAUCGGGAAGGGUGCGUUUGGAGAAGUCAGGCUGGUUCAGAGGAGACAUGAUGGCAGGAUCUACGCGUUGAAGUCCUUGAUCAAGGCCGAGAUGCACAAGAAGGAUCAGCUCGCCCAUGUGCGCGCCGAGCGUGACAUUCUCGCCAACGCCGACAGUCCAUGGCUGGUCAAAUUGCACACCUCCUUCCAGGACUCGACCUUCUUGUACAUGUUGAUGGAGUUUCUGCCCGGCGGCGACUUGAUGACCAUGCUCAUCAAGUAUGAGAUCUUCUCUGAGGAUAUCACGAGAUUCUACAUGGCGGAGAUUACGCUGGCCAUUGAAGCUGUGCACAAGCUCGGGUUCAUUCAUCGAGACAUCAAACCCGACAACAUCCUGCUCGACCGCGGAGGACACAUUAAACUCACUGACUUCGGGCUGUCGACGGGCUUCUCCAAAGAACACUCCGCCUCCUACUACCAACAACUCAUGUCCCAGACGCGGCCCAAAUCCAUGACGCAAAAUCGCAACUCCGUCUCCAUCGACCAAAUUCAACUCACCGUCUCCAACCGCAACCAGAUCAACACCUGGCGCAAGUCCCGGCGUCAGCUGGCUUACUCCACCGUCGGUACGCCGGAUUACAUUGCUCCCGAGAUCUUCAGCGGCAAGGGCUACGACUUUGGCUGUGAUUGGUGGAGCGUGGGUACGAUUAUGUUUGAGUGUCUCAUCGGCUGGCCUCCUUUCUGCGCUGAAGAGCCGCACGACACUUAUCGCAAGAUUGUCGACUGGCCUCGGUAUCUCAACUUCCCUCCAGAUCAACAACUGGGCGCCGAAGCAGAGCACUUUGUCCGAAGCCUAAUCUGCGACUCCCAAAACCGCCUCGGCCGCAUCCACGGCGCGGCGGAGCUCAAAGCACACCCCUUCUUCCACGGCGUGCAGUGGGACAGCCUGCGCAAGAUCCGCGCGCCCUUUGAGCCCAAGUUGCAGUCCAACGUCGACACGCAGUACUUCCCCAUCGACGAGAUUCCGCAGGUGGACAACUCGGCGCAGCUGCGCGCGCAGACGGAGGCGGCGCAGGCGACGGGCGCGGGCGGCGAGGAGAGUACGCUUUCUUUGCCGUUUAUUGGGUAUACUUACAAGCGGUUUGAUGCUUUUCGGGGCAAUUAGGUGAGUGAGAAGGAAAGGGGAGAGAACAGAAGAGUGAGGAGGACCGAGGAAGGAAAGGCAAGGAAAGGAAAGGCAUGCGAGUGAGGUUGCAUUUUCUUUUGCAUUAUC